AUGGUGUUAGUAAAGGACUGUAACUACACGGAUGAAGAUCGUAUGUUGAGAGAUGCCAUAGUAUGCAGUGCUCUGAAUUCUAAGGUGAGAGAAAAGUGUCUAGACCUUGGCGAUGAACUAACAUCAGACAAAGCUGUAUCUAUAGGCCAGAACUAUGAGACAUCUCAAGAAAGUAUGAAAGUAAUUGGGAAAGAUGAAUAUGCAAAAGUUCAUGCUAUUAGGAAACAGGCAGAACAUUACCAGAAAAAAGAGAAAGGAAUUUUAAAGCCUUAUAAAAGCAAGCCUUACAAGCCUUCACCGUCAACUAAGCAAACGAAAUGCACCAAGUGUGGCUAUGAUGCAACACAUAAAGUAUGUCCAGCUAAGAAUAAAACAUGUGCUAUCUGUCAGAAGAAGAAAUACUUCGCUGCAGUUUGUAGAAAAAGAGAUACCAAAUGUGAAAAUACACACCAAGUGGAAGAAAAUUACUCCUCAGAUGAAUCAGGGAUUGAUUAUACACACCUUGUUCACGCUAUUGGAAAUGCAACCAGUAGUGAAUGGUAUGAAACAGUAAAAGUAGAAGGAAAACCAGUGUACAUGCAGAUAGACACAGGAGCAGUAACAAGUAUCCUGCCAUACAGUUGGCUUAAAAAUCAAAGCUGUUAG